UACCUGUCAUAUUUUCAGGCAUGUGUCAGCCUUGCAAAGAAUGUUGGAGAGAUGAGAACAGAAACAGAAUUGCUUCCGCAGUGCUGGGAACAAAUAAGUCACAUGUACGAGGAACGUAGAUUGCUCGUUGCUCAGUCAUGCGGAGAGCUUGCAGAAUUUGUACGGCCUGAGAUUCGCGAUUCGCUUAUAUUAUCUAUUGUACAACAACUAAUCGAAGACUCUGCCAGUGUUGUUCGAGAGGGUGCAUCUCAUAAUCUAGCUAUGCUGCUUCCACUUUUCCCAAACAUGGAUAAGUAUUUCAAGGUGGAGGAGCUGAUGUUCCAAUUAGUAUGUGACCCAGCUGGAGUGGUGGUGGAAACUGCUCUCAAGGAAUUGGUUCCUGCAGUCAUAAAGUGGGGAGACAAAUUAGAUCAUGUUUUGAGAGUUUUACUUUCUCAUAUUUUAAACUCAGCUAUGCGUUGUUCGCCUCUUUCUGGGGUUGAAGGGUCUAUAGAUUCACAUCUCCGUGUAUUGGGUGAAAGAGAGCGGUGGAACGUAGAUGUUUUGUUGAGAAUGCUGGUAGAAUUGCUUCCUCUCAUGCACCAAAAAGCAAUUGAGACAUGCCCAUUCUUGUCCACCACAGAAACUACCCCAGCUGCGGUAUCUAUUCCAUUGCUAGAAUUGUAUGCUAGGGGACAAGUUGAAUGGGGUGCAUUUGAAUGGAUGCAUGUUGAGUGUUUUCCAAAUUUGAUACAGUUGGCCUGCUUGUUGCCACAAAAAGAAGAUAAUUUACGGAGCCGAAUUUCAAAGUUUCUGUUAUCUGUUUCUGAAUGUUUUGGGAAUUCUUACGUGACUUGCAUAAUGCUACCAGUAUUUUUAAUAGCAGUGGGGGAUGAUGCUGAUUUGACUUUUUUUCCUACCGCCAUCCAUUCAAGAAUUAAAGGUUUGAGGCCAAGAUCUGCCAUUGCUGAUAGGAUUUCUACUAUGUGUGUCUUGCCGCUUCUGUUGGCUGGUGUUUUGAGUGCUCCUGGAAAACAAGAGCAAUUAGCAGGAUAUUUAAGGAAGCUGCUACUAGAAGACAAUUCCAUGGAAAAUCGAUCAACCAAGCAUACUCCUGAGAUUAUUAAUGCUAUUCGCUUCAUCUGCACAUUUGAAGAAAACCAUGCCAUGAUAUUUAAUAUUUUAUGGGAAAUGGUUGUCAGCUCAAACAUGAGCAUGAAAAUAAAUGCUGCACAGCUGCUGAAAGUUAUUGUGCCAUAUAUUGAUGCAAAGGCUGCUUCAACUCAUGUUUUGCCUGCCCUGGUUACUCUUGGAUCUGAUCAAAACCUGAAUGUAAAAUAUGCCAGCAUAGAUGCAUUUGGUGCAGUGGCUCAACACUUCAAAAAUGAGACGAUUGUUGACAAGAUACGUGUUCAAAUGGAUGCUUUUCUUGAUGAUGGUUCCCAUGAAGCUACUAUUGCUGUUAUUCGUGCAUUGGUGAUUGCAGUUCCACAUACAAUAGAAAGACUUAGAGAUUAUCUUUUGUCCAAGAUUUUCCAACUUACAGCAAUGCCAAAUGCAGCAAGUGAUUUAAUGCGUCGACGAGAGAGAGCCGAUGCAUUCUGUGAGGCAAUCCGUGCUCUGGAUGCUACAGAUCUUCCUGCAAAUAGUAUUCGGGAAUUCUUCCUGCCUGCUAUACAGAACCUCUUAAAAGACUUGGAUGCACUGGAUCCAGCACACAAAGAAGCCCUUGAAAUUAUUAUGAAGGAAAGAUCGGGGGGAACUUUUGAGACUAUUAGCAAGGUCAUGGGUGCCCAUCUUGGGCUUCCAUCAUCAGUUAGCAGCUUCUUUGGUGAGGGUGGGUUGCUCGGAAAAAAAGAAAUCACGGAGCCGUCAUCAGAGGUAGCUGUGUCCCCCAAGGCUGCCACUCCACCCGCAGAUGACACUAGAUUUAGGCGCAUCAUGAUGGGAAAUUUCAGCGAGAUGCUUCGUGGCAAAGCAAAAGCCCAAGAGGGUGGUCAGAACCAAUAAGAUGCAUUUACCGAUGGCAAUUUUCUGCUCAGUUAAUUGUUUCAUCAGGUGAAUGUCACUGUUUUCCAAAUGUACAACCAAGACUUAUGAUACUAAGUGGAUUCCUUUUACAGUAUUGUUUCUGGGAUAGAAAUAGAAUUUGAAGAUAUAAAUGAAUAGUUUAAUAGGCCCUGUCUUGGGGACAGGAGAGUGAUUUGAAUCGAGAGCCCACGGUAUAUGUGAUUUGUUCAUUAAACUAUCAUCUGCUCUAUGCUUUGUGUUUUACUCACAUUUUAUGGUUUGGGAUUUUUAGAAAUGACACUCUCGCAAUGCCUUUCCAGCAAGAUUCUUAUUUGACUGAAACCCAACAGCAGAAUCAAAACAUGGGCGGAUUUUACAGUAAACCAAACCAGUAUUGGUGCGGCAGACAGAGUCCUAAGAUUUACCUGUAUAUUAUACUAUUGUUUGGUUUUCUGUUCAGUUCUCCUUAAUAAAAUAUUUGUAAAAUGUGAACAUAUGAGGGCAAUGUUCUCCCUUUUUACAUAUUAGUGGGUGGCCAUGGAUCCAGGUCAAUUGAUGACCCAAUUUUCAACGUGAAAAUUUGUUGGUUCAUUCGGUUAAUGAUUCGUACGAUUUGGUUUGUAUUUUUUCUGUCCCAAUAUGGUUGAUUUGGCUAAUUCUAA